UCAAGAUUGUUGGCUGGAGAAUGCAACUGAAAUGAUCAUCAGAUUUGUUCUCAUCUCACAACAACAAAUCUGAUGAUAUAAAUAUUGUCUGGGAAGACCCGGUUGUCAUUUUCGGUAAAUUAACCGGCUUUGGAUGAUGUGUUGGGCAGAUCUGCAUUGUAUAAGGAUUUACCCUGUUGCUGUGAUUCCACGAGAGUCUGUCAGACAUUUCCUUUGAAACCAGAUUUCUAGAUUUGAUUGAACUGGAUUUGAACACAAUCUGCUCACAUAGAAAGCAGUUUGCACAUGACAGUAGUUCAAGAAUUCAAGUUCUUCUCAGGUAAAUGUCAGAGCAAUUAUUGGGAAUUUUGUAUGAGUGACAGCAACUGCUACCAUGGAUGACUCAGGCUUAGACUUGAAAGUGUAUGACAGCAAAAUCGAAUUUGUUGCUGUGAAGGAAGAACAUAUGGAAGAUAUUGUUGAGGAGGAUUUCCAGGAAGUAAAAGAAGAAAUUAUUGAGGAUGUAGAGGAAGAGAAUGCUGUAUAUAUAAAGACAGAAGAUGAAGUCAAUGCAGAUUAUGAAUGCCCAAUGUCUGAAGAUGGCAAAACUUUUGGCAAAGAAGCAGAUAAGAAUGACUCAGAUUUGUUGAUGUGUGAAGACAUAGAUCCACUAUCAUCAGUGGCAGUUGUGAAUGAAGAUUGUAGGAACAUGUGCUCAUCAGAUAGUGAUCAGGCAACAGGCAGAGAAGGCAAUGAGAAGGUGGCAUGUAGAAAAGAGGAAGCAAAAAAGAAACAAUUCCCAUGUGAAGUAUGUGGUAAGAAAUUUGACUAUAAGAGUAUGUUUAUACGUCACAUAACAGUACAUACGAGAGAAAAGUCUUUUAUUUGUGAGAUAUGCAGUAAGUCAUUUGCAAGAAAAUCUAAUCUAGUGAAGCACAUGAGAGUACAUAAAAAUGUAAAACCUUUCAGUUGUGAGGUUUGUAGUGAGUCAUUUGCAUGGAAACGUGAUCUGAGGAGUCACAUGGGGAUACAUACAAAAGAGAAGCCAUUUACUUGUAAAGUGUGUAAUAAGUCAUUUGCUUGGAAACGAGAUCUGGUGAAACACACAAGAAAACACACAAAAGAGAAGCAUUUUCAAUGUGAGAUAUGUACUAAAGCCUUCUUUGAUGAAUGGAAUCUAGUGAAGCAUAUGAGAGUACAUACAAAAGAGAAGCCAUAUGUUUGUGAAGUCUGUAGCAAGGCAUUUUCUGAGAAAAGUAAUCUAGUGCGGCACAUAAGGGUACAUACAAGAGAAAAGGAUCAUACAUGUGAAGUGUGUAAAAAAGCAUUUUCUGAAAAAAAUGCACUUAUGUUGCAUAUAAAAAUACAUACAGGAGAGAAGCCAUUCAACUGUGAGAUAUGCAGUAGGGCAUUUGCUGUGAAAGCUUAUUUAUUGAAGCAUAUUAGAGUGCACAGUAACCAGAAGGAAAAGAAAGAAGAGAAGAAAGGAAAGGAGAGGCACUCUCAAACCUUGUAAAGAGGUAGGGUGGGAAGAUCAAUCUAUUGUUGACUAAUAUAUGUGAUUCUGUCAAGUGUAGUAUGUCCAUUUUCAAGAAGGUGGAAACUAGCAGCUAACCCUGGCCUGUGAAGUACUCCAGUGCCCUCUCUUAUUUUAUUCUAAUUAACUGACACAUUAUUUUUGUUUUACUUUUGUUUUAAGGUUUUCCUUUCAUAAGACUGAACAGAGUAUAGAGGUUGGAUGUGCCCUCGUUAUAUUUCUUUAGAUACAUUUAGAAUGUUCAUGUGAGUAUCCUGAUAUUUGUAUCUUUAUACUAGCAACUUAACAACCUUGGAAUGUACUUUUGGUAAGGUUGUUCUGUGUUAUAUAAUUUGAUAUAGUAUAUAUAUGUAUACUUAUAAAUGUAUAGGUAUAUGUAUAUGAAUAUGUUUAUAUGUAUGCAUGUGUAUAUAAAUA